GCUAUGAGCUUCACAGCAGACAUCCAAGUCACAACUUGACCAUUCCGAGCAUCGCCGCUCUCCGAAACCACAGCGCGCAUCGCGCCACUCUACGCCCACAAUGGCGGACAUCCAGCCUUCCUCCGGCGACCUCAACUGGCGAUUGAGCGCCCAUCCCAUCACCCUCGUCACCUUCCUCGCCUUUCGAAUCUCCUCCCUCCUCGUCUAUCUCCUCGGCAUGAUCUUCACCACCAACUUCGUCAUGAUCUUCAUCAUAACCAUCAUCCUCCUAGCCAUGGACUUCUACUACCUCAAAAACAUCGCCGGCCGCCGACUCGUGGGAUUGCGCUGGUGGAAUGAAGUCAACACCAAUACGGGAGAUUCGCAUUGGGUGUUUGAAAGUGCGCCGCAGGCGAAUGAGCCGGGAGGAAAGAUUGUGAAUGCGACGGAUAAGAGGUUCUUUUGGUUGGCGUUGUAUGCGCAGCCGGGACUUUGGGUUGCGUUGGCGAUUGUGGCUUUUGUGAAGUUGGCGUUUGUUUGGUUGACUUUGGUUGUUAUUGCGCUGGUUCUUACGAUUACGAAUACGUUGGCUUUCUCGAGAUGUGACAAGUUCAGUCAGGCGAGUGGACUGGUGGAAAGAGGACUGUUCACUGGGUCGCUGGCACGCAAUGUGGGAGGAGCGAUGUUUUCGAGGUUGAUCAAUCGCGGGUAGAAGACAUUCGUGGACAAUACACGUAGGUCGCAUUGAAAUGCAUCACAGUUCACGCUUCUGCCGUCUUGCUACGACUAGGCUGAUCUGUGCAUGUGCUCACUUCUGGCGUCGUGCUUCCUGAGGCAGCGUCACUUCUACUUUUGUCCUCCUGGAUCGCAGAG